CAUAUACCUUAUGUCAACAAUAUUUCAACAGUUAUUGAUUUACAUUGUCACACAAAUAUGUAUUGUGCUGAUGAUUUCGCAAAAUUAAAAGUUAUUUAUAACUUGAAGUAAAAGUUCAUUAUUUCAACAGUUUUUAUAUGCCUGUUUUAGAUGGGACAUAUUUUGGUACAGCGAUGUCUGUAUGUCCAUCCGUUCGUGGUUUUCUGUUUCUAUUUUCAUUUCUCUGUCACAUAGGAAGCUGAAACUUGCUAUACAGCUUCUUUGUGUAUCACCGUAGACUAGAACAUGCAAUUUUGAUCUAUUUGGACCUCUCUCAGGAGUUUUGCCCCUUUAUUUGAAAAUUAUUGUUAUAUGAAGGGUAUAUACAUAAGUUGUCUGGUUCACUCGAUAUCCCACAAUUUUAAAGUGAGGACCAUCUUGUUUUACAGAGUGUUAGUAUAAGUAUAUAUGGGAUGGGUAUUGAACAUGUGCAUGUGAAAUAGGUUUUGAUUUCCUUCUAUUUUUGAGAAUAUUACAGGUUGUUGAACUUGGUCCAUUUUGAGGAAAUAAUACAUGGAGAGUAUUGGAUUUGUCCUGUGAAUUCCUCCCAAAGUUUUCAAAGUAUUUGUAUGGGUAUGGAAGAUCUGUAUCAGUGAUCAACAUCCUAAACAAUGAAGUUAUAAUCUAUGAAAAUGUCAAUGCAAGAGACUUACAUCAUUAAAAAAUGGCCGUGUAGUUACUAUGACAACACAGUUCGAAGAUGGAUGUAUGGGACCUUGUGUAUUAUGGGCCAUGGCAUAAAAUUUACAACAGACGAUGAAAAUUCACAUCAGGACAUACAUUAUUCGAACAUAGCUGAAGUGAAGAAAACGAUGACUGGCAUUAUAUUUAGAGCAGUCUUUGUUGCCACGAAGACUGGGAUAAAACACUGGUUUUCUUCAUUUUCUGAUGUUCAGUCAGUUGUGCAAUUCAUCAACUUCUUUCUGAGGUCAAAAUUAUUGCAGAGAAAAGACACCAAAAGUACGAUGGACACAGAGAUUAAGGGACGGACUGAAAUGGGUCGCAAGCUGUUGACUGUUGCCAUGGAUUCAGAGAAAACAUUACAAAAUGCUGCAGAAACACUCAAUAGUCAGGGUCACCAGCUAAAUUCAGCGAUGGCGACAAUGAUGGAUAUUCAUUCUGACCUGGAUGUUACAGAAAACCUCAUUUCAGGUUUAGAAUCCUGGCUUGGCCGCUGGUCACUCCCAGAGGAGUACAAGGCUAAUGACCCCAUUGUGGUCUUUGACUCGGACCUCUCUAUGGAGAUCGAUCAUGAAAUUUUGUACACCAAACUGGAACCAAAUAAAUUAAAUGCACAGAAUUUAGGUAUCUUCAGAUUAGUUCAGGGUGGAAUUUACCUAAUGACAGACAGGCAGAGAGUGGUCCACCACUUUACAUGGGGCGAUAUUUCCCGUAUCCGUGUGGUUAGCCCAUGGGAAAUCACAGUGACCCGAUUUCAGAUUGGGAAAGCUGACAUAUCCUACUCUCUCGUGUUCACUUCUGUGUAUAGUGUGCUGGGUAUUCUGGAUAAAAGGCUCCGGAGUAAGGUGGAGUUCUCCCAAGAUGCCUUUCGCGAGGAAACAUCAAAUACCAAGCCACUUAGUACAACCUUAACCUGUAAUUCCUCUAAAGAACUGUUUCAGAGGAAAAGUAAAAAAGACACUGAAGUAAGAAUACCCGAGUCUGAUCGUCACGCGACAGGAAAUGUAGAAUUAAAGGCAUCAGGAAAUUCAAUGAACAGAUCCCAAGUGUUACAACUAGGUGUUCAGAAAACCGUGAGCGAUCAGGAAGUGGCUGAGUUGAGUAGCAUUUUGGGAGAUUUGAAAUCUCUAGCUCUCGGAGUUAAUCAGGAAAUAGGAGAGCAGGACGAUAUGAUCAACAAACUAAACAGGACAGUCGAGGACGCCAAUAUAAGGGUGGCCAACACGGAGAAACGUGUUCAAAAACUUCUAACUUGAAAAAAGUUAGGUCCACAGAGAAAAAAGUUCAAAAACUUGUACUGUAUAUAUUUAUAGUGUGUAUUUACACAUUGAAGUUAAUUAUAAAGUUCUGUUCUAGUCAACUUUAGCUGAGGGUAUGGAUCUUAAAGUUUGACAUUUCAGAAAUGUAAAUGUUUACCUGAUUUUUUCAGUGUUAAAGUAAUGACUUUACCAACUAAAUAGGACACUGUUAUAUGUGCAUUGGAUAUACACACACACCACAGCAGUGACAUGUAGAAUAUACACACACACCACAGCAGUGACAACAUGUAGGAUACACACACACCACAGCAGUGACAACAUGUAGAAUAUACACACACACCACAGCAGUGACAACAUGUAGGAUAUACACACACACCACAGCAGUGACAACAUGUAGGAUACACACACACCACAGCAGUGACAACAUGUAGGAUACACACACACCACAGCAGUGACAACAUGUAGAAUAUACACACACACCACAGCAGUGACAACAUGUAGGAUAUACACACACACCACAGCAGUGACAACAUGUAGGAUACACACACACCACAGCAGUGACAACAUGUAGGAUACACACACACCACAGCAGUGACAACAUGUAGGAUAUACACACACACCACAGCAGUGACAACAUAUACCAUUUUACAUGUACUUGGUUACCGGGUGAUUGCAUUAAUAUUGUAUGGAUUUGCAUCUAUAGUUUUGUAUCUGAAAAAUGUUAUAUUUCUUUGGGACCAACACACUGAUCAGUUUCCAAAAAUAACAUUUCCAUGACAUUUAUUUGAUGAGCACGUUUAUCAGUUGUAGAUCCUGGAUUUACCGGUAAAUACUACUCUAAAGUCAAUGCAACAUGCAAUCGGGGAAAAUUAAGAAUAUAUAUUCCUUUUUAAAUCUGAAUAAUAAACACUUAUGACAAUGAUGUACAUCUGUAAGUAUGUUAAAAUGUGCAUGAAUUAAAAAGUCAAAAUAACUACUGAGUUCCACUUCACAGUUUGGUCUGUGGUCCUCUUGUUUGCUUCUUCAAGAAGUCUGCUAAUAAACAGUUUUAUCCGUAAUCAACUAUAAAGCAUGUUAUUUAUACCAAGAAAAUCAAUUUUGUUCAAAUCCAUCUAAAGUGAGGAAAUAAAAUGGACACGAAAA